UUUCUAGCCUUGUUUAUGGACUACGUCACAAACGUUCAUAAAGAAUAUGAUGCCGCAGUUCAGGCCGUGCUCGACAACAUGGAGGAUCUUGGGAGUGCCGGAGCGAAGGACACGGACCUGAUCUUCCUGAAGGGUCUGAUGGACAGUCCUGUCAUGAAGUCACUCGUUAGGGACUUGAACAACACGCCCCCACCUGAAGAUCCUUCGGCUCACGACCGUCUAGAGGAACAGAAGCUCGAGCCUGUUCGCGAGGAGAACCUGAAGCUCGUUGACGACAUCGUGACGGACUUGAACCCUGUCAUCGCCGGGAGCAACGACGCUGCGGAACUCUCUGGCCUGCUCAACGAGCCACACUUCAAGGCUCUGCUGGAGGCUCACGACGCGGUCGCAGCCAAGUCGUACGAGACCCCUCCACCGUCCCCGGUCCAGCUCUCGUCCCCGCCGCCUCCUGCGUACAACGGCAUGGCGCCCGGCGACGCCAUCCGCAUGGUCGGCAUCCGCAAGUCCGAGGGGGAGCCUCUAGGGGUCACGCUCAAGGUCGAGAACGGAGAACUGGUCAUCGCUAGGAUCAUGCACGGCGGCAUGAUUGACAGGCAAGGUCUACUCCACGUUGGUGACAUCAUCAAGGAGAUUAACGGCAAAGACGUCUCUAACAGCCCCGAGGCGCUGCAGGAUUACUUAAAGAACGCCACCGGCAGCAUCACGCUGAAGAUCCUCCCCAGCUACCAGGAGAACCUGCCCGCCACUCAGGUGUAUGUGAAGACCCACUUUGACUACGACCCAGCCAAGGACAACCUGAUCCCCUGUAAGGAGGCCGGACUCGCCUUCCAGAAGGGAGACGUUCUCCAGAUCGUCAACCAAGACGACACCAACUGGUGGCAGGCGGCAAACGCGGAGAAUAACGGCCCGGCGGGCCUGAUUCCUAGCCAGGUGCUCGAGGAAAGGAGGAAGGCCUUCGUGAAGCCGGAAUAUGACUACGUCGAGCGCCCUAGUGGUAUUCUUGGGUGUGGUCCUCUGGCCAAGCAGAAGAAGAAGAAGAUGAUGUACCUGUCUGACAAGAACGCAGAGUUUGACCGACAUGAGCUGCCCAUCUACGAGGAGGUCGCCAAGAUGCCUCCGUUCCAGCGCAAGACACUGAUUCUGAUCGGAGCCCAGGGCGUCGGCCGGCGCAGCCUCAAGAACCGCCUCAUUCUCAGCGACCACGAGCGCUUCGGAACCACCAUGCCCCAUGCUUCUCGGCCCCUCCCAGGAACCAGCGAAGACACAUCCCGCGCCCCCCGUGAAGGCGAGGAGGACGGCAAAGGUUACUACUUUGCGGACAAGACUGCGAUGCAGCAAGACAUCCGCGACCACAAGUACCUGGAGUCCGGCGAGUACGAGGGAAACCUGUACGGCACGAAACUCGACUCUGUACGCAACGUCAUGCGCUCAGGCAAGAUGUGCAUCCUGGACGUCAACCCGCAGGCGCUGAAAGUCUUGAAGACACCAGAGUUCAUGCCGUUCGUCGUCUUCAUCGCGGCGCCGACCGUGGAGACGCUUAAGGAGAUGCACGAGCAGGCGCGGGCCGAGGGGGCGACCACCAAAACUCUCACGGACAAUGACCUGAAGAGGACGGUGGAGGAGAGCGCCCGGUUGGAGCGCGCGUACGGUCACUUCUUCGACCUGCAGAUCACCAACGACAACCUCGACGUCUGCUACGAGAAGCUGCAGUCCGCCGUGGACGGCCUCAGCACCGAGCCGCAGUGGGUCCCCGUCACCUGGGUCUACUGACGUCACCAUGGCAACCUCGUCUCCGUGGUUACACCUCCGUUGUCAGGGGGGCUGUUUUAGGAAAGCGUACAUGUCCGUACUUAGCUGGAUUUUUCUACCAAUGGCAUUGUAGCUCAAGUUGUGCACUCGGCAAUCAGAAAUGUGUCUCCAUAGCAACUGUCUCUGUAGCAACCGUUCGUUUCCAUAGCAACUGUAAGCUUGUUUCUGUAGCAACUGUAAGUUUGAUCUGGCACAGUUUAGGGCUCUCUGAAGGAAAUGUGUGUGAGAGAGUUCUUACAUAUGGCACUGACGGCGACAGAAUUCGUCUUGUGUCUAAGUCUUAGACUCUGCAAAAUUCAGGAUUAAUAUUCACAUGUUGGCAAAAUCGUGAUGGUUUCUUAGCAUUAAGAUACCCCAAAAAUACUUAAGAACUUGUUUGCAGACGUAAUUCACAGCAAAACGUAAGGAAGGCCCCCUUGUGGCAACAUGCAGUACUGCAUGACAAAUGAUAACAUACCAAAAACAAUGUGUAAGUAAUAAGUAGUUGGAAGGCAGGGAUGUUAGACUUAAAGGCAUUAAUCUUAGCAGACCACACAACAAGUAGGAAAGGGCAUAACAUUUGUAGGAUCACUGUUCUUGGAAGCACAACUAAAAAUGGAAAUUGGACGUCGUCCCUUUGAUUCUGGCCUUAAAGGCUGUCUGUAGUAUUGGAUUAAAAAAAUGAAAGUGUUCGGCCAGGUGUGCACACAGGUGUUUGCAGGUGAUCACGUCAGCAGCAAUCAUGAGCAGGUAAAUUCCCCAGGAAAAGUUGUCCGGAUGUUUGUCGAUGAUUUUUUGUUGUAGGAAUUCUUAGAGGAAUUUUUGUGGACCCAGUUUCGCUGCAUUAAGUAUAACACUUAAGGAAACCAAAAUGUACAAAUUUUCUACUUCGAGAGAAGGAAAAAACGAUACUGUAAGGAAAGUCGGGUCAGCCUUGGGGGCAGAAGUUGUCAAGUUUCAGUAGUAACAAUGUUGGAAAUAUGGUGACGCCCCUUCCCAUCAUACACCACUCCUGUAGCAUGAUGGGAAACAAAGAUGGCGGCCCAAACAUGGUGGUGCCCAUGGACAGGAGCAAAAGCAAUACAGGUUUUGCGGUUACAACUUGAUUAGGAAAAACUGUCGCAAAAAUCACUGUCUUGUGGCAAAAAUCAGCCACAACUCCAAUGGUGCUGUGACCUCUGACCCCAAGGCUGCCCAUAUAUGGUCGUCGUGUGCUGUCCUGUGGAUGAUGUUUUUACUGCCUGAAUUUCUGGUGUUGAAUCUGUUUGAUUUGUGAGGAUGAAUAAAUCAGCUUCGGCAGCUUUCCGUGUUUGUCGACUUUGUAAGAUGUCGGAUUUCUGUAGGAAUUAUUAGCGCUGUAGGGUGGGGUCCAAACUGUGUGGGGAGGGGGGGGGGGCAGACUGAUAAAAAUAAAAAAACGGCCAAAAGCAUGCUACGGACCCCCAUAAUUAUGCCAAAAAGCAAUUACUCAAGCAACUAGAUAUGAUUUUGGAACUGACAUUUCAACUGGCACCCUCCAGUUUUCGUCAGUGACACUAAAGUGAUCUGGAAGAAACGGGUCUUUUAUACCCUAACUAUGAAUGACGACAAUUUUGGAUGUCCAAUAUGAAACAUUGUAUUGUAAGACAAUUGUCAUCUGUGGGCCAGUAUAAGCUACAGUUGGUCAGCACAGUUUGGGCCUCAGUCAGCCACUUGUAUCUGUAUAGUUUGAUUGCUAUUAUUAAACUUCAUGUAGUUAGAGAGAAGACACUGCUGCUGCUUUGACCUUAUGUGACGUGAUUUUCAUGCUUUUCUUUCGUCGGGUUUAGUUUUUUCUGCUGGUAGGAAUUUUGCGAGAAACCAAAUAUGGUAGUGAUGACAUGUCGGUGUGAUUGUGACGGAAUUUUUUUAUCAAUGUUUUAUUUUGAAAUAAAGGAAGAAAAAAAAAGAAGCACUUCAAAGAAUUAUUGCACCACCAUAGAUGUAAGAAAUUUUUACAAACUGUGUACUCCAGUGUCUAGUAGCUAAGUGAAACCACCCGUAUAGAAAUGGUACAUUCCAUAUGCAAUGGGAAGUUGUGUACGCGUUGGAAUGCGCCAUUCUUGUAUGGGAGGUAAAAUCAGUACCCCAGUGUUGGACUUUGUAAAACCACCUAAUCAGAAGUGGAACAGUCCAAGUCGAAUAGAAAGUGAUUAUGAGUUGGACUGAUCCACUCCUGAGUGGGGGUGAUUACCCCAGUGUUGAAGUGAUUUAUGCAUGUAGAAGUAAUCAGUCUUUAUUGGGCCUGAGUGUUGAGUGGCUCUCGCAUCACCCUGCAUCAAUAAUGAAACUCCCCUUCAGAAAUACUAACCAGGGACAGAUCACCUAGCACGUGGGGGAUGAGUAAUCGUUUCUGGCACACAUAAUGUGUUACUUUUCGCCACAUGAAUGUUGAAUAAACUGUGUGAAUUCUAACAAUUUUUUUUGACCACUUAGAAUCUAUGUUUGACAUAAUAACUUUGUACUUGAAGAGAAUGUGGUUUGAACGUUCAAGGGGAAAAACAACCACAAAGAAAUAUUGGUUGAAAUGUGUUUUUUUAAGUCUGAUCUUUGAGGUGUAAAUGUGAAGACACAGAGGCACUGAGACGUCAAUAAAGACAUCCACAGCUUUGUCCA